GCUUUCAGAGAUAAAUCGGUUCUCAUUAACUUUAUUAUACUAGCAGUUGAAUUGCAUUUCACAAUCCAUAGUGCUUGUCAAUAGUGUUCCAUAGUUUCUUUGAUCGAAUAGUUUGAAUCAUUUUCGUGUGUAGUUUUAUGAAUGAAGUUGACUUCAAUAUAAAAUCGUGCACCAAGUACCUAUAAACAACAUUCUUGCAACAAUUCUCAUAUUAUUUGUAAAUCAACCGAGUGUUAAACAAACAAUCAAACAGACAUGACGAGUUCCACUCCAGAAUCCUUGAAGAGCAAGUUUGAACUUUGCCUCAAUAACGACGAUUUAAGUGAUUGUGAAUUCUUGGUUGGUGAACAAAAGUGUAGAAUCAAAGGACAUAAACUGUUGUUUGGCAUCUCUAGUCCUGUUUUUCGAGCUAUGCUGUAUGAUGGACUCCACAAUGCUUCAACUUUCGAGGUAAAGGACGUUCAACCUGAUGUCUUUCAAGGUAUGAAACAAUUUAUCUAUACAGAUAGUGUAAAUUUCUCCUCAGGUCUACAAGCGUGUUCAGUAUAUCUGGUCUCUUGGAAAUAUGUAAUUCCUGAUCUUAUGUCAAAAUGUGUUCAAUACAUCGAAGACAAUAUAUCUGUUUCUGAAGUGUUGGACGUUUAUGAGUUUUCACACCAGAAUAACAUACCAGACAUUGAAAAACAUUGUUUGACGGUCUUUCAGAACAAAACUAGAGAAGUAAUGCAGAGUGAAAAGUUUCUGUCAACUGAUAUUCAUACACUAGAAACAAUUUUGAAACUGGACUCAUUGAGUUUGGACUCUGAACUGGAGUUGUUCAAGUAUACGGAAAAAUGGGCUCUUGCAGAGGCUAAUCGGCGAAAAAUAGAUUUGCAGGCAGAAUAUUUCAAUUGCAUCAAAAGGCACAUACGUUUUUCGACAUUUGAUAAAGAUCAAUUUCAAGAAGGACUGUCCGAGUCUGAUCUGCUAACUGCAGAAGAAAAAAUUCCGAUUUUAUACAAUUUAUUGGGUUUUGAGAAUAAAUCACCACAGAUGACUGCUCCCGUAGCUGUGCCCCGAAUUUUCAGAGAAGGAGAAGGAGGAGUAGAAGCUGAAAUAGAAGAUAAAGAAGAAGAAAAAGAAGAAGGUGAAGAAGAAGAAGAAGAAGAAGAAGGAGAAGAAGAAGAAGAAGAAGACGACGACGACGACGAAGAAGAAGAACAAUGCCAGAAAUGGACAAAAGUGUCAAAUAAUAUCUUCAAAUGGACAAAAGUGUCAAAUAAUAUCUUCAAAUUAGAAAGGCUUGCAAAAAACGGCAAAUGUAUCCAUACGACGCGUGUGGAGUUAUCAGAAAAAACAAUUAAAUCAUUGGGUGAACCAGACGAAAUAGUAGCCAGUGUCAUGAAAAAUCACAAUUUCAGUUUAUGCUCGAUUGAGAAGUUGAACGAUUCCGAAGAGGAAACUUCGGAUAUGAAAAUGAUUGAUACUAUUUUAAGAAUUAGAAAUAGUGAAGAAAAUAUGUCUUUAUGUAUUUAUCUUAAAUUCCUAUUAAGAGAAAAUAUUUUUGAAUUGGAAAUUUCCGAGUUACAAAAAGAUGAGUAACUGGUAAUUUUAACUGUUAAAAUUAUUAUUCAUUUUAUUUGUUCACUUACCCCGAUCAGUGUGUCAAUGAUAUAAUAUGAACUACCUACCCGUAAUUACAAUAUAUAGCAGGAUAGGCCUAUUCAUGACAUUAGUGGGUACGGUACAUAUAACUAUAUUGUCUAAGUCUUAGUUCUGAAAUACAUAUUAUAUUGAUGUAAAAUUCUUUAUUCAGACUGUACUCGUCUACUCAGUUAUGUAAUAUGACUUAUCAAUAAUAAAGUUAUGUCAAUAAUAAAAAUAAACCAACCACCUGUUAUGACGAAUGUGACACAGUGAGCGAUGUGCCAAAUUAUGUUAUGUCACAGAACCAUGGUAACUGAAAUCAAUAUGAAGAAAUAUUACAGUAAUAGACUUUACUUUGUAAACAAGUGAAUUCAACAGUAUCUCUUUCAUCUAUGAAUAAAGAAAGAUAUAUAAAUAUUAGAUAUAUCUAACUAUACAAAAACCUAUUAUACCGUUUAUUCACCACUUUUUGAUUGCUUUGAUUGAAAUGCCUUUGUAAUGCUCACACGAAAAAGUUUGAAAGUAUUUUAGGAAUAAUAUGGUUGUUUUAUGAUAAUGAAAUAAACUGAAUUUUGGUAA